AUGGCUCCAGCACUAACUGAUGCAACAGGUCAAGGAAAAAUCAAGUUAUCUGAACCACAAGUAGAGUUUUCUAAACUUCAUUCUGUGAAGGGUGGUCGUCCUUUUAAAGAAGAACGGGAAACUCACCAAGUAGUGUGCAGGGAUUUAAAUCCGAAAACAUAUGACCAAAAAUCUGUGAUCGAAUCGUUGACACCUAUUUCCAGCUCAAGAAUUUUGAAAUCGAAGAAACGCAUCAUUUACAAACCAUCAGCAGACCAUAAUCGUUUUAACAAGUUUAAUAUUCAAAAUAAUUCUACUGCCUUUCAACAAGAGUUUAUCAAAUCAAUUGAUAAUCUCAAUAGAAUGAAUCAACAUAGUUCAUCAAAUGGGGACCAAAAACCUGAAAAAUCAUCAGAGUCAUCUUUUUCAUACCAGCCAAGUAGUAGUUUGAUAAAGAAUACCAACUCCAGUUCUAUCCCUGGAAAUGAAAAAUCUGGGAAUUCUUUGAAAAAUGGAACUAAAAAUGUGGACUUUAAAUCAUUAGAAAUUGACAAGGAAAAUAAUAAACAUAAUAGAAAUGGGACUUGUUUGUUAACACUUGAAAGUACAGAGAUGCCUAAUCAAGAGAAUUCUAUUGAGAACGGCAAUGAUUCCGUGACGCCUACCAGCCCGAAAGGAGACAGUGUGGUGUCUUCUUUGACAGUGAAAGACCCAGAUGAAAUUGUUGCUUUAAAUGAAAGUGGCAAUGGUGGACCAUCAACUUCAAACACAUGCCCAUUUUCUAAGACUUAUUCGGAAAGAUUAAGUGCUGUUGUGGAAAAUUCCAGUGUUAUGGAUAAAAGACUUGAAGCUUCUGCAACUCAAGUUCAGCUUGAAAAACGUUUAGAAUUUUAUAUGCGACGUGUCCGACGACUGCAAGGGAAAAAUAUAGAAAAACAUGUGAGGAAUCAGAUUUCUUUGUGUUUAGAACAUCAGCAAAAAAACUUACAUUCAUUAACGAAGUCUAUAAGUUCAGGAGACAUUUCAAAAUUAGAAACAAAUCAAGAAUUUAAUGUGAAUGUUUUAAACAAGAACUUGUCUACUGCAGCGCUUGUUAAUUUAGUACAGCAGGCUCAGAAACAGGCUCUGAAUACAAAUUCCUCGGAUCAUUUAAGUGCUAAUACAAGGUUUAAAGAAAUGACUUAUCUUGUGAAUAUGGACAAACGAACAAGAAAAGAGUGUAAAAAAGUCUCUGAUCUUUUCUCAAUGAACUUGAAUCAUGUACAUUCAGCCAUGGAUUCUGAUGCCACAGAGAGUAGUUCUGGUGGUGACAGUGAUGAAGAAAUUGGUUCACUUCCUCAGAAUCGAAAACUACACAGACCAUUGUGCCGGCAGGCAGAAUGGAAAUGGAGUUCUGAAAGAGCAGCAAUGGCUUCACGGUGGACAUGGUUACAAGCUCAAGUUUCAGAUUUAGAAUAUCGUAUUCGUCAACAGAGUGAUAUUUAUAAACAAAUACGUCAUAGUAAAGGCAGUAUAGUGCUAGGAGACCCGCCAUCUCCACCCAAUUUAGCGACUCUCUUGAACAAGGCUUGUCCAGGAAAUCAUUCAGUUACGCAAGCACCUUCUACAAAUGACAAGACAGUAAAUUCUCCAUGUUAUGUUUCAAAAGUGUUAUCAAAUCUUGAUAAACAGGCCAACAAACUAACGCAAUCAUUAGGAAAUGUUUUAACGCCUUGUGCAUCAGCACAAAAUUCUACUACCACAUCCCCAUCCAGUCUUGUGAAUGGAUUAGAAGAAUCGCCUACAAAGUCAGAAACUCAUAAGUUAAAAUCAGAAACAAAUAAUUCCACUUGUUUUAGCCCAGUCGUAAUGAAUGACGAUACUUCUUGUCAGGCUGCUAGGUGCCGUCCUCUGUGUAGUUAUAGAAAACGCAAGUUGUUAUGGAACAAUAGUGUGAAUCAAUCAUCACGAGCAGCGUCAAGGCUGUCCUCUGUUGACUGUAUGUGUUAUCCUCCUGUUACACCAUGUACUAUGUGUGGUGGAAGAUCUGAUAAUAAACAACACAUAGAUGCUGAUACCAUGCCAUACAAUGAACUUGUUUCUCAUUUAGAUUCCUCAUAUCAUCCUGUUCUGUCUUUCCCUUCUGAUACUCCAUUAUAUCUGAAAUUUGUGUCCUUGUUAAAAACUGGAGAUUUGAUAAACAAACAAAAGGCUCUUUAUAAUGAUAAAAAUAAUAAACGGAAAACCAACAAUUUGGGUGAUAACAAUAGAAAAAAAAUUAGGAAAAGUAUUGCUGCAGCUAUUAUUCAGUCUGCAAAAAUACGUAAUAAGUAUGAAAGUAAGAAACGGUCUGUUGCUUUGAGAAGGAAAAUAAAGAAAAAUAUCAGUUCUGAUCUAAAAAGAAAACGAAAACUGGCAAUUGCUUCAUUGAAGAGGAGAGCAUGCAGAGAAUCAACAGAUGAUGGUGGUUCAUUAAUGAAAGAAUUGCGAGCUGAUUAUUUCAAAAAGAAAAGAGGGGAAAGUGCUUAUGAUAUCAAUAAUAUAGUUAUUCCAUAUAGUAUAGCUGCCUCUACUAGAGUAGAAAAAUUACAAUAUAAAGAGAUAGCAACUCCUGAAUGGCGAGAUAUUAGUAAUGAACCUUUAGUUGAUGAUAAUAACGAAUCAGAUUUUGAGGAUUUAUCAGAUGAAGCUAUUUUGGCUCGACAUCAGAAGAGUGAAGCUGAAGAAAGAAAGAGAUUUGCUUCAUUCAUUCAAUAUCCAAUACGACGUAGAUUUAAAACUGAUAGUAUGGAUUCAGUUGGUUCUAAGUUGACAGAUCCAACAGCAUCACACCCUGAAGAAUUCCAAAUAUCACCUAGCCUAGAUGAUAGUUUAUCAUCUGCUCAUAGACUUAGUUUUUCAUCAUCUCAUAGACCAUCAAUUUCUCGACGUGAACACUUGCUAAGCACUGGAUCUAGUUUUGAUGAUACUAGAGAUGUGGAGAUGCGCGAGGUUGUGGAACCUUGGACAGCCAGAUCUUUUCCUAUAACAGAAGAGGAAUAUGCAGAUAUGACUUCAGUUGAGCAGCACGUUCCAGAGAAGAAGAUCUACACAGCAUCUGCAUCAGUAUCAUAUCCCAACUCUAAUUCAUCACGAAGGGAAAGUUUGUCAAGUGUAGCCAGUAGUCGUCCUUCUUCACCUAGCACAGUUAGUACUAUUUCUAAUUCUCUGAUGGAGGAGGAAAUGGAAGAGGAGAUGGAGGAGGAAGAAGUCGAAGAUCUGGAAGAUGAAGAUGCCACAGAUGAUGAUGAUCCUAAUGAUCCUGAAUGGAAAGGAACUUCUAAAGAUGAAGUCAAAGACUGA